AAUAAUCUAAAUCCAAACACCCAAACGAUGCAAUUGCGUUUGUUUUGAACUUCAAUAAUAUAAUUUUACUUUCCAAUAGACACAGCAAAACACCAUAGGAAAAUUUGCUAACACCAUUGGAAAAUUUUUCACCCCAACUCAACACAGCGAAAAAUGUUACCAUUUAGCACACAGCCUAUAUAAUAAAUUGUUUUCGCGAUAUGUUUAACGCAAGUAGGAUAAAAAAUAUGCGAUAAUUGAAAAACUAAAACCAAAAGAAAUUGUGUACAAGGCCCAAAAAUUAUGAAUUGAAAUGGAAUUAUUUGUCAUAUAUAGUUUCAGUCAAAUUACAUAUUCAAAUUCUUACUGACUUUUAAAAUAUAUCUUUGAAAUUAUAGAACUUCUGUUAUAUUAUAAAAUAUUUAAAAUUAUUACGCGAAGAUACCAAGGUGAAAAAUAGUUUAAGUCAAAAUGACAUCUUCAAUCAACAACAUUACACCAAAUUUAAAUAAAUGGCAUCACACUUAUAAUGGAUUAUUUUGAGGCAUUUGAGAUGAAUGGAAAAUAUUUCCAUCAAAUGUGUGAUUUUGACAUUUCUUUGGUGCUUUCAUCCCUUCUCUUUUCCUUUCUUUCCAUUUGUCAAGUUUCCGUUAACAAUGGCUGACACACAAGCAAAACCCGCUGCUGCACCAGCGUCAAAAGCUCCAAAGGCGGUUAAGGCACCCAAAGCUAAAGCCCCCAAGUUUGAGAAGCCUACCACUCCCGUGGCUGCACCCAAAUAUAAGCGUCAUGGACGUCUUUUUGCCAAGGCAGUGUUCACUGGUUACAAGCGUGGUCUCCGCAACCAACACGAAAGCCAGGCUAUCUUGAAGAUUGAAGGUGCUCGUCGAAAGGAACACGGUCAAUUCUACAUUGGCAAGCGUUGUGUGUAUGUUUACAAAGCUAAGACAAAGAAGUGCGUGCCACAACACCCAGAACGCAAGACCAGAAUUCGCGCCAUCUGGGGUAAAGUGACCCGCCUGCAUGGAAACACUGGAUCUGUGCGUGCCCGUUUCAACAGAAAUUUGCCUGGUCACGCCAUGGGUCACCGCAUUCGCAUUAUGUUGUAUCCAUCGAGAAUUUAAGUGAUUAUGUUAAUAAUUAACUUUAAUCUGACUUGCAAACCUGUUUUUUAAACAAAUAAAAAAUUAUCUUUAAAUUUAAAAAAAUA